CUGGCGGUGUGUUGUGUGUUUAAGGUCUGGUUCCCUUGUCAAUAUCACACUUUUUAUGUAUUAAUGCAGUGCGAUGGGAGUUUUGCAAACAUGGCUAAAAAACGAACUGCCUUAACGUUGUUGCUCCUGGUUGAAUUAGUUGCGACGUGCGAUGCUCUGAGGUGUAACUGCACAGAGUGUGAGAAGACGGGGUACCAGUGUGUGACGGAUGGCGCCUGCAUGGCCUCCACCUCCUUCAUCAGCGGGCAGGAGCACCGAAUCCGCAUCUGCAUCGCCCGCGACAGGCUGGUGCCCCCGGGCCAGCCCUUCUACUGCCUGAGCGCCGAGGGGCUGCUCAACACGCACUGCUGCUACACCGACUACUGCAACAGCGUCAACCUCACCGUGCCCACUGUGACGACGAGGCCCAAGGGCGAGGGGUUUGGGCCAGGGGGCAGCUGGGGGCUGGUGGAGCUGGUGGCAGUGAUCGUGGGGCUCUUCCUGUUUUGCGUGCUGCUGCUGGUGGGAGUGUUCCUGUUCCAGCAACACCAGCGCGCCUACAGCCACCGGCAGCGCCUGGAGGUAGAGGACCCCUCCUGCGACCACCUGUACCUGCCCAAGGACAGGACCCUGCAGGACCUCAUCUUCGACCUGUCCACCUCCGGAUCCGGCUCAGGGCUGCCCCUCUUUGUGCAGCGGACGGUGGCCCGUACCAUCGUCCUGCAGGAGAUCAUCGGGAAGGGGCGCUUCGGAGAGGUGUGGCGGGGGAGGUGGCGCGGGGGCGAUGUGGCGGUGAAAAUCUUCUCCUCCCGCGAGGAGCGCUCCUGGUUCCGCGAGGCGGAGAUCUACCAGACCAUAAUGCUCCGCCACGAGAACAUCCUGGGGUUCAUCGCCGCCGACAACAAGGAUAAUGGCACCUGGACGCAGCUGUGGCUGGUGUCGGACUACCACGAGCAUGGCUCCCUCUUCGACUACCUGAACCACUACUCCGUCACCAUCGAGGGCAUGAUCAAGCUGGCGCUUUCAGCCGCCAGCGGCCUUGCCCACCUGCACAUGGAGAUCCUUGGCACACAGGGUAAGCCUGGCAUCGCUCAUCGUGACCUCAAGUCCAAGAACAUUCUUGUGAAGAAGAACAGCGUGUGCGCCAUCGCUGACCUGGGGCUGGCAGUGCGGCACGAGGCCGUCACCGACACCAUCGACAUCGCCCCCAACCAGCGCGUGGGAACAAAGAGGUACAUGGCCCCUGAAGUCCUGGACGAAACCAUCAAUAUGAGGCACUUUGACUCCUUUAAAUGUGCAGACAUCUACGCACUGGGACUGGUGUACUGGGAGAUUGCACGUCGAUGCAAUGCAGGCGGUGUCCAUGAGGAGUACCAGCUUCCCUACUAUGACCUGGUGCCCUCCGAUCCAUCCAUUGAGGAGAUGAGGAAGGUGGUGUGUGAGCAGAAACUGAGGCCCAACGUGCCCAACUGGUGGCAGAGCUAUGAGGCCCUGCGGGUGAUGGGGAAGAUCAUGCGGGAGUGUUGGUAUGGUAACGGGGCGGCACGACUCACGGCACUGCGGAUAAAGAAGACUCUGUCUCAGCUCAGUGUGCAGGAGGACAUCAAGGUCUGAGCGGCACAGCAAAGCGUCACGCAGAGACGCACAAGUCCAGAAGAAAAUCAAAACACGACUUCAAAAGAAAACUAAAAUUACUUUUGAAUCCUGCCAGUUUUUAAAGCCACAACCUGAGUUAUGACAAGGCCUACCUCACCUUUUUAGCCAAAACUACUGAGUGACACCUGCCCGUUCCUUUCUGCCUCCUUACUUAACCGUUUCACCCUUUUCCCCCACUGCGUCCCCUGACUUACCCAUCAUCCCCCCUGAAAUGGGCAAGGACGACAACGACUGCGACUACUCCUAUGAUUUUUGUGCAGUUCUCGAUGGCAGGAAUUUUGGCUUACAGUAACACAGUAACAGGAUUUACGGUUUUAUUUAAUUUGGCUUAGCAUUUUUGCUCUCCUGACAAGCAACUCCACCCAAAAGACAAGCUUUCAAAUCGAUUUCAGACUUCAGAAACUUGUUUGUAACUUUUUAUAGAUUUUUUUAUUUAGUUUUCACAAGGAAUCAUGCUUUCAUUGUGCAAAUGUGAAAUGGUGGCAAAAAAGCUGGAUUUUUUCAUUGUUAGCCCAGUGCAGCCUGUGCAGGCUGCGUGUAGCAAGGGUCCUAGCGCUGGAGUUAAAUCACCAACAGACGACUUCUCUGUGCUGCUUCAGAUCACUGGUUUACAGGCGGAAUGCAGACCUGCAUGGCUAAGUUACUAUUUGGUGUUUUUCUGAACUACCGCAGGUUAGUUUUUUUUUUUCUCUCAGUGGGGUGAGGGGGUCCAUUGCCAUGCACAAGAGUUUUUCUUCCAGAUGGGAGCUGACUCCUUUUCAGGUGGGAGGACUAGUCUCCUGGUCUUCUGAGCGCAGGAUUCAAGGUAUAUGUGCAAGGGACGGAUGAAGUUUUUCAGUCGCCGUUGACUCAUACAGAACCCCAGCGCCCUCCACUCCUCCUCAGUGGAAUUUUCUUUGCACCUCAGCCCCUGUCGGACAGCCAUUUUUAAAGCACACCCUUGCCUUGGCUUAAGCUCUUUGAUUGGAUAAGCCAAGCCAUUGAACAUUCCAGGUGCAGCCACUGAUACAGGCUAACGUGCUAAUGCUCACUCCAAAUGCAUUAUAUGAUCUGUUGGGCAAUUACAAGAUGAGGUGCUUGUAGCAUACUCAGUGGUGGUUUAUUUAUUAAGUUUUAAAAAUCCACACUGUCCAGUAGCGAGCUGUAAAGAUCAUUCACUGGGGAUUCACAGUGCGUCUGAGGUCUCAGUCUCAGGUGGGAAGGAGCUGUUGGUGAAUUCAUUGUUCUUUUGGUUGGACUCCUUCUGAAUUUGGCCUCUUUUUGGCAAUAGUCCCAAGAUUACUAGUGACCUUCCAGGGAAUGUCUCGCAAGAGGCCGCCGGACUGAGAGUGAUGUGACAUGGGCGCGCUCAGUGGACCGGCGAUGCGUGAUACAGUUUUCAGCCCGUCCUGCUGCUACAUGCAUAUUUCCCCUGAAGGGAUCCAUCUUCACAUCAGAACUGUGUCCCCCCGUCCCCUUCCACAGAGGUCACAAGUAAAAGACAUCAACAUUUUAGGGCCGUAGAGGACUUCUGUACACACACUCAUGUUUUAUUGAUGUCACACACUUUACUGACUGAGCAUGAAGCCUCUUCAAAUAGCAUUUGUGCUAGCAUUCUAGAAACGACUAAACGGUACAGUCAUCUUUAAUAAAAACCUGUAUUAUCUCACCACUCCAAUGCCAGAAGUAGCUUUUGAGAUUCAUUUAAGGUGACGCCCCAAUGGAUAUGUUUCAGUUUUAGGCUUUGUUGAUACUUGGCGUAUUUUUUAACACUGUCGUCUGACUUUGGUGUCAAACUGUAGAGAGAUGUGAUCUUCUCUUGAGAGGAUCAGUUCUGUACUGAAAUCCCAACUCAUUACUCCUGAUUUUCAGUUCUUUAUACCUCCUGGAUAUGCAAGUUGUAAAUAGUUUGUAUAAAGUAUUACACUACAUUUUUUUCCUGAUGUUGACAGUUAAAGUGAUUUUGCUCAUUCACUUUUCCUUGAUAAUAUUUAGCUUUCCUUCAUACAACAAAUCUACUGUAAUUUUGUAUAUUUUCAGUUUAUUAUUUGUAUUCUUUGAAACUUGAAGGUACUGCUGGUCUCGGUAUUCCCCCCUAUCCUUUUUUGAUUUUGUAUGUUUGUGAUUAGAACACUUGAACUUGACCUGUAUAGAUUCCUUGUGUGUAUAUACAUGCGUCUGUUUUCUUUUUUGUUUGUUGUGUUUUUCAUUUGGGGUUUAUUACAUGCUUUUUUUCCACAAAGCUCAUAAUCCAGCUUUUCUUCUAUCAGUCCAGAGACCUUUUAAUUGCUGAAGUUCUAAUCCAGUUAAAAACUGUUAAGUGUAUUGAGUAUUAUCAAUAUUCUCUCUGAAGCAUAAAUAAGUACAUAUUAUGGUCUGAUAUGCCUAUAUCCUGCUUAGAAAAACGAGUUCCUAGAAUCUCAGUUCUUUUGAAAUGUGGAGCUUUGUCUCAGUUUGUUUGUUCACUGUAAUUUCAGAUUUUUCAUUUAAAAAUACAAAGUAUAUCAACUCAUACAAACUUAUAAACAAGCUACAUUUUAAAGCAGAAAGGUGUUUACAGUCAAGGAGAUCUGUGUUAUAAGUGCAGUGUUAUACAUGUCAUUCACCAAUUAAUUCAGUUACAAAUGGUAAUUGAACUUAAUUGGUCAAUGGUUAUCCAUUAAGUCCACUUUCAAGUUGAAAUGGGUUUCAUAAGUUAGGUUGCACACCAUUUGGAGUUCACAAUGCCCUGGGGUGCUUGAAAGUUUGAAAGCCAAGAGAAAUAAAUAUAACCGAAAAGCAGAACAGGAAAGUCAGUCAACAGGGCGAUUGAUUGUUGCUGUCGGUUUUCCAGUGAGUUCCAUUUUUAUAUUUCUGUAUGGAUAGCUUUGGUUAAGGUUGAAUGUUGUGCACUCACAAUAAUGCCCAGGGUCAGAAUUAAGGAGACUUUUUAUUAUUUAUCAUUAGAUAGUACUUAUAUGUCAUCGGUUUGCUCAUCUGUAUUCGGUGAGCAUUUAAAUAUUUUAGUAUUGCUUUCAGAUGGUGCCAAACCUCACAGGCAGAGUAUGCAAGUGCCUUGCCCAGGAAGGAUAGACAGGCACCCAGACAAACACACACACACACACAUAUACACUCAGUGAGCACUUUGAGGUAUUUAUUAGACCUUUUUUUACAUUGGUCUUCUGCUGCUGUAGCCUAUCCACUUAGAGGUUUGAUGCGUUGUGGGUUCAGAGAUGCUCUUCUGCAUACCACUGUUGUAAUGUGUGGUUAUUUGCAUUACUGUCUUAUUCUCCUCUGACCCCUCAUUUGCCCGCAGAACUGCUGCUCACUGGAUGUUUUUUGUUUUUCGCACCAUUCACAGCAAAAAUCCCGGGAGAUCAGCAGUUUCUGAGAUACUCAAACCACCCGGUCUGGCACCAACAAGCACUCCACAGUCACAGUCACUUAGAAUACAUUUCUUCCCCAUUCUGAAAUUUGGUCUGAAAAGCAGCUGAACCUAUUGACCAUUUAGUUGCUGCCUCAUGAUUGGCUGAUUAAAUAUUAGCAUUAACAAGCUGUUGUACAGGUCUACCUAAUACAUUUCUCACUGAGUGUAUAUAAAUAUGCAUACACACACAGAAACAGGACAACUUUGCGCCACCACACAAGUUCAAGCCCCCACAUGGAGCACUUGUGCCACUGGGGCUAGCGUAGUUGUUUUCUGCAUGCAUGCACUCCAUACAUCAAGGCUGAGGAUUACUUUCAGUUUAGAGCUGGGUUUAGCAUCUGCAGUUCCUGUAGCAGCACUUCACCAGGCUCAAAGCAGACUUCACUGCUUUCUCUUUCGUUGUACCCACGGCUGUGGACGUUCGUUGUUCGGUGCUUAACGAACCACUCGAAUCCCACAUCUUUCGCUGUACCCGUGUAGGUGCUUGAGUAGAGUAGCACACGAUGUGUAUGUUUUCUUUAAUGUGAGCGUAAAUGAAUGAGCACCUGAACCUGGUUUUUUUUUUUUUUUUUUUUUGCUGGAUGACAACACCAUCCUUUUUCUUGUUUAUGGCGAUGACGCCAAUGCAGAAAGGUGUUGCGACGGCCUGACGGUUCGCACCGGGUUCUGAAGGCGUCUCUACCGUCGUGUGUAAUUAUUUGGCUGGGGCAGUCUUCUGGAAACGGUGCUUCAUUCAUGCAUCUGUAGCAAGGAAACACUGGAAUUUAACUCUGCUAUUAAGACCACUACUGAGUCUGUCUUUGAUCUGUCCUACAGAGUGUGAAAGAAAAACAGAUCUCAAAACUAUUUAUUUCCUUGUCAUUUUUAUGAUUAUUAUGAUUGUUAUGAUUAUUAUAUUUUUCAGAGAGCAAGUCUCAUACUCAAGAAUGGAUUUAUGUGUGGUGUGGGGUGUGGGGUGUCCAGGGGAACGUGGGUGUAGUUUCCAGAAAACAUUGCUGCUUUUGGGGAGGGGCGUGUGGCAGACUGACCAGGACUGGAUACUGAAUACUUGGGUGUGAAGGUGCAAUUUCUGAACCGAGAGGAAUAUUUGGAUUGGAGCAUAAUUCAAAUCCCUCCAAAGAAAAGCUGCAAGUUUGCAAUCAGCCUCAGGUUCUUCAAGUACAGAUACGCCUGCACAUUCACCCAUGAUAAGUUGAAAAACCAUCCGAGCCCUGGGUUUGCCUUUAAAUUGCACCUUUAAGUAAGCGUGACUUUUCCUGACAGGCCUUUUGUUGUGUGUAUGUUUGUGUGAAUUCCCAUACUCAUGGUGUUGGCAAAGGUACACUGUUCAAUUUUAGACAAACCAAUGGGCAUAUAGCGGUCUCACCACACCCACUUUGGCUCCACCCCUGAGAAUAUGAGCACUGAACUUCCUGGUCUCUGUGCAUACAUCUUGGUUAGAAAAAUCAAGCCUACUUUUAAGACCAUAUGAAAAACUUUUCAGGACUAGUUUGCAAACAUGUAUAUAGGUGAUACAAUAAUAAAUGCAAUUUUUU